CGCGCGAGUGGUUCCUGAACUCCUUUACACCUGCUGAAGUCCAUCGGCAAAGGGCGAAACCUCACGAGAUGUUGUAUCGUACUUAUAUCCUUGGCGAGGCCAACGCUCGUGCUGCCAACCAUCAAAUAGUUCGCGAAUGGCGAACGAUGGUUAGGGAGCGCGCCGACUGGGAGGCUUAUCGCGAGCGUAUGCUGAAACGUAUUGCUGAAUUUGAAAAAUCUAAAGCCGCGUUUGGUGAAGAGAGAGCCAAGUUUGAGGCUGACAAGAAGGCUGAAGAGUGGGGCCGCGAGGGGCUGCAGAAAAAACUCCACAAUGUUGAGGAGCAACUGGCCAAGGAGAAGGCCGAGUUUAAGCGUAUAUGCGCCCAAGACAACGAUCGUGCUUAUGCGCUUCGACAGAAGAUCGUUGAUCUUGAGGCUAAAGUUGCGGACUUGACCUCAAAGGUGGAGGAAGCGCAGGGUGAAAAAGCUGCCAAGCAGCAGAUGGAGGUUGAGCUGACUGAAGCCAAGGUGCAAUUGUCCAACAAGGACAAGGAUCUCCGAGCCAAGGACAUUGAGAUUGCGGAACUCAAACGUCGCUUGAAUGAGCAAAUCGACAGAUGCGAGUCUUUGGAGAUUGACCUUGAGGCUGAGAAGGUCAAGGCUGCUGAUGCUGAGGAGGCGCGUGCUGUCAGCACUGCUGCGCUUAAUGUGGCCCAGACAAACUACUCCGAGGCCCAAGGCAUCGUUGAUACGCUUGUCUCGGAGGCUGAAUGGAUGCGCACUCGCGGCGUAGUGCUGGUUGCCAACUCCAUCCUGAAUGCGAGCGAGCUAGACCGCGCCGUAGCGGCUCUGACAGAUGCGGCGCGUGCGGUGGGUCAUCGGGGAGGAUACCUGGAGUGUGCCGAUCACGUUGAGCAGAUGCUUGGGCAGGAAUUUGACAUAAGUCAUUGCUCAGUGACGGAACAUGCUGAUGCUGCACUGGCAAGUGCUGAAAACUCCUAUGACAACCUUUCCUUGCCUAUCAUGGAGUUGGUUGUUGAAUCGUUGAAGAAAGACGACUGGUGCCAGCGUCUUAAGGCAGUCCUCGAUCCACCAGUUACCGUCGAGUUGUCCGACGAGGAGCCAGCUGGUGAUGAUGGCGGUGAUGGUGAUGAUGAUGGCAACGAUGAUGAUGGUGAAGAUGACGGAGAUGAUGGUGAUGAUCGACGCGAUGAAUAGGAUAGUUUGUUGAAUAGGUGGUUGAUAGGCAUUUGUGCCUUUGUAAUUUCUUCGGACACUCUAUGUACAAUGCUGCGCAUUUGCGCAAGUUUUAAAUGAAAUGAAACAUUUUGGUUUUUUCCGUUGCAAUUAUUGCAUUGCUAUAAAAACUUUAUGUUAAAUUAGCUCGA